CCUCCAUCACCAAUAUUCUGAAUGUGGAAACUAGAAAGGCUGAUCGGCCCCGAAGCUGCCCUUACUACUCACUACAUACAUCAUAGUUGGCUGGCAGUAGGCCUAGUUGUAAGCUGAGUUGCCCUUCAAGUUCCUCUUGCUCGAGCUCUUGCACAUAGCCACUGUGAGCCACAGCCAUGAUCCAUUUGCUAGCCCUGCGUCUUGCUGGACGUGCUCUUCAAGGAAACAAUGUAAAAUGGAUGGAAACAACAUGGUUUGCCGGUCAGCUAACUGAAGGAUUGUCCUGCUGGGGAGCUACAUGUAAACAUUACCAUACAAGUGUACCAAGUUACAUGUAUCAGGAAACUAGAAAUGAAAGACCUACAGUAAAGACAGGGUCAGAGAGGAGUCCUCCCUUUGCAAAAGCAUUGCUUGGUACAUUUAUUCAAGUUCAGCCAAGUUUGGACAAUGUUUACAGAGAAGACCAGUCACUUAGGGAUUACCUUCAGAGGCUUGUACCCGAAGAGAUCCUGAAGAAAAUAACACCAGACUUGGACAGUUUUGGUUUUCGAGUAGCUCAUGAAAUUGACAAGCUUGGAAGAGAGUGUGAGCAGAAUCCUCCGGUCGUAGAGACAUUUGAUGCGUGGGGAAAUCGCACUGACAAGCUUAUUACUAGUUAUGCUUGGAAGCAACAGAAGACAAUUGUAGCAGAAGAAGGAAUCAUAGCCAUACCAUUUGAGCAGGAAUAUGGCCCCUACAGGUUUGCUGCUAAACACUCUGGAAUCAUACAUUCAGCAUAAAUUUUUGGGAUUGCUUUAAAUGCUUUCACAUGGGUAC